CUCUGAAAACUCUAAAGCCGCAUUUUUAAUUAUUUCCUCUCAGCUUUAUUUUAGAGGAAUUGUUUGCACUAGUAACUGAUGCAGUUUUCUCACGUACGACAAUUUUGGUAUUGCCAUUUAGAAGAACGUAUUCGUUUUUAAACAUGCCCAAAGGCAGGCGUCCAUCAGAAUCACAAUGAAGGAGACUUUUUUCACCCACCUGCUGAUUGUUGGAGCUAUCUUGGUAUUUUUAUACGGUCUAUCAAGCAGUGUGGAGUACCAAACCUUUUCAGACUCAAAAAGUUACAGUGAAGCUCAUGUAGCAUGUCAAGGAUAUAAUUACAAGCAUCUGGCAAAGAUAAACGAGCUGGAUGAACUAACUCAGGCGAAAACUGCUUCUGGUUAUAGUAAUUUAGAGAAGUACUGGACUGCUCUACAGGUGUUUUAUGACAAAGUGCCUGGAAAAGUGCAGUGGAGAUGGAGUGAUACUGGAGUGCCAUUUGCAGCAAAACCGAAGAUGUACAAUAUCGUACAUGUAGACGAUGCCAGGAAUCUAGUAGAGACUGGCCCCAUUAAAGUUUACUGCUUCUUGGUCACUAGCGGCACAUUUCUGGAAAUUGAAACCUGCAGCGAAAACCAUGCUUAUGUUUGCGAGAGAUCUGACGCCUUAUCAACAGGUAUGACAGAGUUGAAAUCAACACAAAUACGACCCACGACUAUGGCUACAAGGUUGAUGUCUGAAGUGACAGCAACAUUUAAAAAUAAAGCAACAGAUACGACUAAGAUUUUGGCUUCAAAAAAAAUAAGUAUUUCUACACCUGUGCCCACCAGUAUUUCAAACACGCUACCAACAAGUGCAGAUCUAGAGGAAAAGAUAACAGAAUAUCUGAUCAAAUUGAAGCAGCUCAGUGUUGACGAAGAAGAUUCUCUGCAGAUUGCCGUGAAUGAAACAUCAAGGCUACUGACAUAUUUCAAUGACAGUUCCUAUUACAAAACAGCGACAAAUUUGUUGGUAGCCACCCAGCAGCUUGAGACAUUUGCUUUAAAUUACGCGAUGAAACAUCUAACGACAAAUAGAACCUCCGAUGCUAACAUAAUUAACACUGGAGGGCACUUUGUGAUGGAGGUUCGAAGUGUAAGCGUUGGUCAUGAAAAUGACGUAUGGUUUCCGUCGGAGGACGACAGAGAACACUUUGGUGAUGGAAAUGGAAGGAUAGUUCUACCAGCAGAACUCUUUGGAAAACAAGAAUUUUUUGUGGUUGGAAUAUUAUAUAAAGACAUGCACAAGUUACUCCCAGAUGAAAGUCACUCAUUCCUUGAUGGGAAGAAACUGAAAAAUACAAGACUUCAAACCCGAGUCAUCGCGUGUUCUAUAUAUCCUUACUUGUCUGCUCCUCUGCCAAAAAACGUUACUAUAUCGUUCACAUUGGAAGAGUCUUCUAAACUUGAUGAUACGCCAAUUUGUGUAUUCUGGGACUUUGAAAUCAGGAGUCGAUUCAACGGUUCCUGGUCAAACAGGGGAUGCACGUUGAUCACCAAAACUAACAAUAACGUUGUGUGUAGUUGUAAUCAUCUCACGAACUUUGCCGUUCUUUUGCAAGUGGGAGGAAAAAAAGUUCCUGACAGACAUCAGUUCGCCUUGAAAGUCAUUACUUAUAUUGGUUGUAGUCUGUCGCUUGUGGGUGAAACUUUAACUGUUCUCGCUUAUCUGGUUUUGAUGGACUUCAUACAGGAGCAGUGUCAGAUAAGACUCAAUCUAGUCAUAGCCAUAGCCGUGGCACAAAUCAUUUUCCUCGCUGGAAUUGAUGCUACAUCAAAACAGGGAGCUUGUAUUUUUGUAGCAGUGUCUAUCCAUUAUUUUUAUCUGGUCGGAUUUGCCUGGAUGCUUAUGGAGGGAAUCUACUUGUACCUCAUGGUUGUCAAAGUUUUCAACACUCUUGUAAAAAUGAAGCUAUUCUAUGGGUUUUCUUGGGGCUUCCCAUUGCUUAUGGUGGUGUGUUCAAUUUUGAUCGCUUCUAGCACAGAAGACGGAGUUACAAGCUAUGUGCAUAGUAACUACUGUUGGGUUUCAUUCUCAAAUAAUUUGGUUUGGACCUUUGCCGCUCCAGUGCUCGUGGUCUGCCUGAUAAACUCUUUUAUUCUUUGUCGCGUUGUGUAUGAGAUGUCACAGAUGCAGGGUAAAAAAAAUACCUCCAACGUCAAGCAAGGUUUAAAGGCAUGUGCAGUUCUGUUUCCUCUACUGGGUAUGACCUGGGUGUUUGGUCUUUUAAGCGUGACUGAUGCUGGACUUGUCUUUCAGUACAUCUUUACUAUCCUCAAUUCGCUUCAGGGUUUCUUCAUCUUCAUAAUGCAUGUUCUCCGAAGUACUGAUUUUCGCAACGCGUAUCUUCGAAAGAAGCACAAAUGGGAAAUCGCAAAGAAAAGCAACCUCCCGGGCCCUCGCUCAGUGGCAGAAAACUCAAGCGUAUGGUCGGAAAAGCAUGCCAUGGGUAACCUGUGUAACAGCACAGAGAGUCCUAAUCCAAUGUUCAGACGACAUCAGAUCUCGCCAGUCAACUCCGAUCGAAUGGACAUCAGAAGAAGCUGCCUCGCCCCAGUAAACGUAUAAGUUCUGUGCAGUCACACAAAUGUGGCGUUUACUGAAAAUGUUUUUCCUAUUUGGAGCCUAUUUAUCACUACUAAACAGACCAACAUAGACUUGGGGAAGAGCAUCGCAUGGAGACGGAGUAAAAUGUUGAUAAUUAGCGUCUUAUGGAAAGAUUUUGCAUACUAAAGGUGUUAUUUAACAGCGCCUUUCUAGAUCUAACUCUGUUGCCUAUAUUCGUGAUCACGCUCUUGCUUAUGCGCAUGCUUAUUUCAUGCUCAUACACCACCCAGUAAAAGCCACCCUCAAAGCUGGCUUGCUACAGUUUUGAAGGAGUAAGAGUCUAACUUGCACAUUUGAAUUUUCCGUUAUGUGAUUGCUGUUUCCUCAAGUGUUUUACCAUUAUUUUCACCCACUUGAACAAUACAAAGCUUAAUAAAUAGCCAAAACGAUUGACCGAGUGCUCAGGGGAAGACUGGGCACAAGUAGUUUUCAUGUGGUGUUUCUCAAAAUCAACCCAUCGAAGCCUGUCUCAAAAUUUCAGUCCUGAGAAAUUGACUAUGACUAGACAUCGAUGAAGAAUAAAAUAUAAAUCUUAAAGGCAGAGAUUAGUAAGCCAAUAAAGGCAGAUAUUUGUAAGCCAAUAAAAUGUAAGUCCUUGCCUAUUUCAAAACUAGCAUAAAAAAAAAGGUAUUAAUUUCCUUUUAAAAAAAAUUACUACCGCUACAGCGUAGCUUAAGAACAGAGUUUGAAUUGCAGGUUGUCUUUUAAAUGCCAUACAUGAUCUAGCUCGAAGAAUGCUUUCAGGACACUCGCUCCAGUUGAAAUAAUCCGAAUCAAGUAAUCCCACUCUGGAAAUUUUCGUUCCAGGCCUGACGUCAUAAUUCUGUUGAAGUUAGUAUCUGAGGUGGAAUAGGCUUGAUGUUUCAUUAAAUUACUUGAAUGUACCAAUGUGGCUAUUUUUUUAACUGCUACUCAAGAUUAUAAAAGCAUCCAUGCUCACUAGAGACAAAUCUGCCCUUGAGAUCCGUAGACGAAUUUUCUCGUAUUGUAAACUAUUUAUUGCUGGAAGGCGAGCUUUCGUUUCACCUGGGCGAACUGAUGAAGGAGGAUGAAGCCAGAUGAAGCAAAGGAAGAUGGAGGAAGUUAGAUGAAGGUGGAUGAAAGUGGAUGGAGGUGAAUGGAGUUAGUUGAGGGUAAAUGAAGUCGGAGGAAGUUAAACAAAGUUGCAUGAAGGAGGAUGAAGUUAGAUGAAGGUAGAUGAAGAUGGUUGACGUUAGAGAAAAUGGACGAAGAUGAAUGAGGUUAGAUAAAGGUCAGAUGAAGGUGGAUGAGGGUGGAUGAGAGUCUGUGAAGAUCGGAUAAAGGUGGAUGAAGUCAGAUGAAGGCAAACAAAUGUGAAUGAAGUUAGAUAAAGGUGAAUAAAUGUGAAUGAAGAUAUGUGAAAGUAAAUGAAGCUAGCUGAAGGUGAAUGAAGUUAGACGAAUGUGGAUAGACGAAAGUUAGACGAUAGUUGGGUGAAGGCAAAUGAAGGUGGAUGAAGUCAAAAAAGGGUGGAUGAAGUCGGAUAUAGUUAGGUGGAGGUGCAUGAAUAUGAAUGAAGUUAGAUGAAGGUAAAUUAAUGUGAAUGAGGUUUGAUGAAGGUGAAUAAAGUUACAUGAAGGUGAAGGACGUUAGGUGACCGUGGAUGAAGGUGGAUGACGUCACAUGAAAGCAAAUGAAGAUGGACGAAGUUAAAUGAAGGUGGAUAAAGAUGGUUGGAGUCAGAUGGAGGUGCAUGGAUCGAUGUGAAUGAAGUCAAAUGUAGGCAAAUGGAGAUGGAUGAGGGUGGAUGGAGUUAGAUGGAGGUAAAUGAAUUUAAAUGAAGAUGGAUGAAGGUGAAUGAAGUUGAUUGAAGUCAGAUGAAGUUGAAUGAAGCUAGAGGAAGGUUUAGGGGGGUGAAUGGAAAGUUGGUGAAGUUAGGUGAAGCCAAACUGAUUUAGAUGAAGGUGAACUAUGUUGCAAGAAGUUAGACGGUGAAUGAAGAGCGAUGAAGUUAGAUGGAGUUGGAUGAAAGGAACUGAAAGGUGGUGUAAUGACAUUCCUUACGGGGAAGUGUGAUAUACUAUACGUUGCCAUACGCCACGUAUCUACGCUGAAAAAAUGAACUUUUUCUUUAAAUUUAAUAUGUUAAUUGUUUUUUUGGAAAAUUUUAAUUUCGUUAAUUAUUAAGGUAAAAGCCUCCGAUGAAUUAUUGCCACACUAUUUCCCAUCAUUUCUCAACGAUGCCAAUUAACUCAACAUCGAUCAUAUUAUUUAUAUUCUUAAAUAUUACAUAGCAUUAAUGCCUAGAAUGAGGCAAUAUCGUCAUGGACAAUAGAAAAGUUUGACAGGCCUUCGAAAAAAAAAUUGUUGACGAAAAAAAGCUGAUUUGUCUCUUGAAUCUCGUGAUCCCCACAGUUCACAUUCCCUUCAGAUGUUUUCUGACGUCCAUGUGCAAGCUGGGUUCACAAAACAGAGAGCUUGCUUUUGAAUAAAACAAUAUCCGAAUUCUAAGGAAACUGUGCGUGCCUCAAUAGCUUGUGUUUAUUAACAUCUGUUGGUUGGGGAGGAGAAAAUCGUCUAGCAGCACGCACUGUAGACUCAUGUGAAUAAAUAAAGCCUCAGAAUUGUUUUUGAUGUUUAUUCUUUUUUAGGGAAAUUAAA